AUGUCGACUGCCCUUCGCUCGCGCUUCGUUCGCAGUGCAGGCGCUGAUGCGACAGAAAGCAGUGACAGUCACGUACGGGACGCAGCGCGUGACAACGUGGACGACCGGUACCCAUUAGGCGGUCACGUUCGUCCGGAGCUUAUGCCACGCGGCGAUCCGAUGCCUUUGAAUGACCGUCCGGUGCGGUGUUCGCGACCGUUGCAGCGAGACGGUGUUGCACCUCUUUGUUCCGGUACAGGCCGUCGGUCCACUGGAUCUCGUGCAGAUGCAGCGCGAGAAGAGCCGACGGACGACCGGAGCCGUCGACCGACACCGUCGGCCACGACGAAACGUGCGGAGAAGAUGUGGUACAACGACUCGGACGAAGAAGAGGUCGAGGAGAAGGAGCUCGUGGCCAAGUUGGCCGCGGCACGGAAGCACAUGGUGGCGAUCCGUGCGGUGCCGAGCGACGUGGACCCGAAACGAAGCGGUGUGGAACGGCCCGAGGUGCAGUGUGCCUCGAGGCCUUCGCCAACGACACUACAGGCCGUGUCGCCCCUUCCAAUGGUCGGCACGGACGCAGCAGUGGACCGUCGAGCUGCGAACGUUCGUGUCGCCAGCAGAGCAGCCACUGCUGCAAAGUCAGCGCGCGACACGUUGCCAACAUCGACGCCGUCGCCGUCGACUGUGUCCGCCAGCGGCACUGCCACUGACGCAGUGCAGUCGACAAAAGUGCAGACUGGUGGCUUUGGGAACGCGCCGACCAUUGUCAUCAACCGGCGCACGGACCGCCUGAAGCACUCUGCGAGUGGGUCCGAGUACAGCGGAUCGCCUCGGGUCGGAGGUGGCAGCCCCGAGGAGGUGCUCAGUCCUGGGCCACGCAAAGCCCCUGGCGCGUUUCCCGGGCGACCGGGUACUGGUGUCCUGCUGGAGGGGUGGCUCCGUCUGAAGCAGCGCCGUGGUGUCAAGGGCCUCAAGAAAUGGGACGCGCGCUACUUUGUCCUUCACGCGCGAUCCAAUGAGGUGCGCUACUACGCGGACGUCGUGCAGUCGGCCUGGGGAACGAUUCCACUGGGGGAGCUCGGAUCGAUCUCCCUGCGGCUCAUCCAGCGCAUCGGGAAGCUCAGCCAUCCCCGGUACAAAGGCUGCCACUUUGACAUCACGUGCCGCCGCAACACGUGGGGCACACACUGUGCCGACGACGACAUAUCUUCCGACGACGAGGACCCGAGUGGCAACACCAACGUGACCAGCGAAGCCGCAGGAGUCGCACCUUCAAGGCAGGAAAAAGGUGGCAGUACCCCGCGCUCGACUCGAGUGUACAGCCUGGUCGCUGACUCGCCACAAGUUACAGUUGCGUGGGUAAACAUGCUGGACUCGCUGCUGACGCGCAGUGCCAACAGCCCACGACCGGAGACGAGUGCGCCAGUCGAGACUUCUAGCGCAGCCUCAGUCGCGAACGUCGGUGCUCGGGGCAAAAAGCCUGUCGUACGACCACAAGAUGGUGCUCUCGAUCCAGAGCUGUCGGUGCUGUUGGGUCCUGGAGAAAGCGUCCCCAGGGCCACCGUCUACGCCAUGAACUUCAUCUUUGACUCGACGCCAGGCAUCGAGACGCCCAAGUUCUACGAAGCCGCACCUGACGCUACGAAGCUGAAGGCUGCCUUGAAGUUCCUCAACGGGUUUGCUGGCCAACACGUGAGUCGCAAACCGACCAAAGCCGAGUUGGAGGAACUGCUGGACGCAGUGACUGCUGGUGCCGUCAUCAAACGGUGGCUACAGCAGCUGCAGCAGCCUCUGGUUCCGUGCGCACUGUACGACGACUACCGAGCACUUGCGCAGACCACGUCAGUGGAUCGACGUCCAAAGCUCUGUGCACUGCUCGAAGCCCUUCCCAAGAAAAACCUUACCAUGUUGGCGUGUCUGCUCUUCCACCUGAACGACGUGAACGUGUACGCGUCGAAGAACGGAAUGGACGCAACGCGACUCGCGCACGACUUUACUGCAUUUAUCCUGCGACCCUCCACGCGAUCGUCGUCGUCGUCGCCCUGCAGUAGUGACAAGUCAAGAGACGACGCUACGGCCGCAGCGAUGCAACACCUCGUGGCAGAAAUGAUCAUUAACGUCGACACGUUCAUGGACGAGAAAGAAGCCCAAGUGCUCGAGGACAACCGACUGUAA